AAACCGGAAAUUGAAACUGAAACGAGCGAAACAGGAACUUAAAAUCAUUAACAGACAUUUUAACUGUUGCCAUUUUCAGCUUUACUGUUUACCAAUCGUUAUGAGUUCACUCCACAUCAGUCUCCUCCACUCCCCGCUGGGAAGCUCCGUGACCUGGUGUGCGGACCCUCCUCUGCUCUCUGUCCGCCAGCGAAUGGGGUCAGUAUCCCAGAGCAGGUCCGGCACCGAUCGGUUGAGCGUCGGACCCAAGAAACGUCAACCCCGGGUUAUGUCCCUUCUCAGUCUCCGGAUAUUUUCACUCGUUCGCCUUUUCUCGCUUCUGCUCCAGCUUGGUGUGAUCGGUGCCGAAGUCAAAAGAGAAGAUGCCGUUGCAAUGCUUGGUUCAUCAGUUUUACUGGAUUCGGAAGUCGAAGUUAACCCACAGAAGCAAGAGAUCAUUUGGACAUUCAUCAGCAGCCACAACAGCCCUGUCACCAUUUUACAUCACAUCCCGAAUUACAGGAAGUGGGUAGAGCCCAGUGAACAGUUCAAGUUGCGCCUGGGUUUUAUUCUAUCCAAUGGCUGUUUGAUGAUAAAUGGAUUAAAAGCCGGGGACCAAGGAGAUUACAGUUUGGAGGUAGAUAACCGUGUACUGAAAAUAAUACAGUUGUCCCUCUUCGAUAACCUGUUGGAAGCUACGAUAUUGACCAGCUCCUCCUUCCUUGCUUCUACUAUCUGGCUCAUCUGCAACGUCAGUGGAGAUCCUCAGAAGUAUCAAUGGUGGAAAAAUGGAGCAGAAAUCUCCCAGUUUCACCAGCUUAUCGAUGGCAAUCGGACUCUAAUGAUCAUGAAUGCCUCAAGACAUGACUGUGGAAUUUAUACCUGUGCGGCAACCAAUCCAGUCAGCUUCAUCCAGGCUAACCACACCCUGUUCAUUUCUGGUUUUCAUCAAGAGGACGUUGCAAUAAUUGUUCUGUCGGUGAUCUCUUCGGUACUUUCUAUUUUGCAGUGCUCGCAGUGCUCGCUGCUGAAGACAGACAAAGCUGUGAGGCGGGUCAAAUGCUUGAGGCAUUUCCUGGAUAUCUGUACCAUCAUGACCUACGUCACGACCCUCAUGAACUGUGUCACGACCCUCAGCAAACUUAUCCUCACGAAAGGUUCGGACCCUGUCGUAGUAGCGGUUUAUUGCACAGUGUCCCUUCAGCUUCUGACUUUGGGUCUGCUGCUCGCUGUCCACUGGCUAGACUGUCUCAAAAAGAGGGCAGCUAUUUUGGAAAGGACCGUAGCUGGACUUCAUGUCAUCGUGAUCAUCACUUCAGUCAUUUUUUUGGCAUUAUUAAGUCAUCCAGACUAUCAAGGCUGUGAAAGCAGCUUUAUUGUCUGGAGGGUAUUCUUUGGAGCAGUGAUCGUGGAUGCUGUGGUCUUUCUCUUCAACUUCGUUGUCGAACACCUAUCCUGCAGAAAGGAAAAUUCUGAAAUUGACCCAGCAGAUCCCACAGCUUCUGAUGAACUUCUGAUGUCUGAUUUAAAAAGCGUACAUCAGUCUUCAUUUUCAGACGACAUUUCCAGUUCAAAGCCUCAACGGUCUGAACUCAGUCUUGAUGACACCUUGGUUUCCCAGCCAAAUGCUGAGUCACAGGAAUCUUGCGUACCGGAGAACGAAGAGAAGAGCUGUGCAGUUGAAAACGAAAGCCUGGAUAGGAACAACAUGGAGUCAUAGAACACUACAACACAUCUCGUCCGUGGUGAACCAUUUCAAUUGCCAAAUCCAUCGACCUGCACCCCAAACAUCCAGAGGUUCAUAGUAUCAUGAACCCUGUGAUGGGAAUAAAGAACCAGCAGAGAUGGAAAACACUUUGUAGUCUAGUAUUGCUAUAAACUAAAAAUAUUUAUUUGUAAUUACGCAAUACAGUAAUAUAAAUGUAGAUGAAUCAAACCGGUUAGCAAUGAUUCAGUAUAUAAGUAAGUAUAUCAGUCAGUGUGGAAAUAUAUGUACGAAAAACCAAGCUUCUUUAAGUCUAGUAGUAAAAAGAUACAGUGUUACGAUUGUUACGUACCCCGUAACUGGGUUGCCAAACCAGCAGAAAUGGAUCACUCAGUUGGAGUCUGGAGUACUAGAACUAAGAAAGUUUUAUUACAGAAACAAGCAACACAGUAAUCGAAAGGAUAAUAAAUGCAACAGUUCAGUGAUGAUAAACACACAUGUGCACAGAAUUAAGAUAACAGCAUCAAUCAAGCUCUAUCGUUGUCUAGGGGUUAAAUGACCAAUUUCAAAAUGACUCAAAGUUCAGUCCAGUUUGUAGUUCAGUUCGCAGUAAUCGUUGCCAUGGCGAUGGACAAGGUGGGGGAAGAGAGACAGAGAGAACAACUCAUCAUUCAGCACAGCUUCACUCACAGACCAGCGGGAUGGCUCACAACCAGCUUUUGGGCAGGUCCUUGGUGAUGUCACCUGAGGUCACCGACUGUGACCCCUCCUCCAGAUGCGGUCGAUCCUCUGCAGUGAACCCGGCACCCAGGCAAGGGCGGACACACACCGGGUUCCCGCUGAUCGUACCUUUCCACCCUUGUCGUUGUCUGGGACUUCUCACCCACUCGUGAGAAGCGCACCGCUUCCAGGGUCUCGUUACCUCGGGUGGCGUGUGUGUCUGUCUUAGCGAACCUGUCCCUUUUUAUCCCCCUGCUGGGGUAUCGCCUGUCCAUCACUUCAAACAGUUCAGGGUUCAAAGGGGGGAGCCGCUCCAGACAGCUCUUCCUCCCACAUCCCUUCAUUACACAUCUCCAGACGCUGCUCCAUUGUUCCUUAUCUCUCCUUCCCCUGAGGGCAGGUGGCAGACCAACUGCUGAUGCCACUGAUGCUAGCCCAGGCCAGCAAACAUCUUAAUUUUAUGUGUAUUCUCGUAACACGAUGUUGAGUAAGGUUCAGUUCAGUUCAGUUCGUGGUAUUGAGUUGAGUAGUGAUGGAGAGAGAGAGAGAGUGAGUUGAGUCUUCAGGUGAGCUGAUGCCGUUGAUCUUCUCGUCAUCCUCCGAAAUCCUUUACAAGUCACCGACUGUGACUUUAACAAGGGGGACCGGUCUUCUGUGGUGGAGCUAUCACCCCAGCAAGGGUGGACACAUAGACAACUCCCCACCAGUCAACCCCUUCUCCUCCACUGCAAGAGCGAUUGGAUCGAUUCUCCAAAACCCACUUUCUCUGCGGGCACGACAAUGCUCAUUCAGUGUCCAGAUCAUGUGUCUGAAGUCUGUAUCAUCUGACCUCCUAUUUAUCUCACCGUGCUGAGCAUCAACUGUCAUUCACAGAGUCCCACCUUCCUUUGUCUGUAAAGAAAUGCAAGGAAGCACAGCUGUCCUUAAACAUCAAUAAUGUGCUGUCGGUCACCAUAGCAACCUUGGAGCUGCUCGGUGCUAUCUCCAAAGUAGAAGUUACCUCCAGUGCCCUGAAGUGACAGUCCAACCAUUAAUCUUCGUCUCUCUCCGUCUCUCUCUGUCUCUCUCCCUCUCCCUCCCUCUCCCUCCCUCUCCCUCC